CAGCUGAGGAACUGGCAAGAUCCUGCUACCCAGAGGGUGAAUGGGUAUCUUUCCUGGAAUAAUCCUAAUUUUUCUAAGGGUGAAGUUUGCAACGGCGGCCGUGAUUGUAAGCGGACACCAGAACAGUGCCACUGUAAGCCAUGAGAUGUCUGGUCUGAAUUGGAAACCCUUUGUAUAUGGCGGCCUUGCCUCUAUUGUUGCUGAAUUUGGAACUUUCCCUGUGGAUCUGACCAAAACGCGACUUCAAGUUCAGGGCCAAAGCAUUGAUGUCCGUUUCAAAGAAAUAAAAUACCGAGGAAUGUUUCAUGCCUUGUUCCGAAUCUAUAAAGAAGAAGGUGUAUUGGCUCUGUAUUCUGGAAUUGCUCCUGCCUUACUAAGACAGGCAUCAUAUGGCACCAUCAAAAUUGGCAUUUACCAAAGCUUGAAGAGAUUAUUUGUAGAACGUUUAGAAGAUGAAACUCUUCUAAUUAAUAUGAUCUGUGGGGUAGUGUCAGGAGUGAUAUCUUCCACUAUAGCCAACCCCACUGAUGUGCUAAAGAUUCGAAUGCAGGCUCAGGGGAGCUUAUUCCAAGGCAGCAUGAUUGGCAGCUUCAUCGAUAUAUAUCAACAAGAAGGUACCAGGGGUCUGUGGAGAGGUGUCGUCCCAACUGCUCAGCGGGCUGCCAUCGUUGUGGGUGUAGAGCUGCCAGUCUAUGAUAUUACAAAGAAGCACUUAAUAUUGUCAGGGGUGAUGGGAGACACAAUUUUAACUCACUUUGUUUCCAGCUUUACAUGUGGCUUGGCCGGGGCUCUGGCUUCCAAUCCAGUUGAUGUGGUUCGAACUCGCAUGAUGAACCAGAGAGCAAUUGUGGGACAUGUGGACCUCUACAAGGGUACUUUGGAUGGUAUUUUAAAGAUGUGGAAACAUGAGGGAUUUUUUGCACUCUAUAAAGGAUUUUGGCCAAACUGGCUUCGACUUGGACCCUGGAACAUCAUUUUUUUUAUUACAUACGAGCAGCUCAAGAGGCUUCAAAUCUAAGGACUGAAUUAUAUGUGAGCCAAGCCCUGCCAGCCUUUCUACUCUUUUCCCUUUUUUCCAUGUUCUAAUGUAUUUUGACAAAGUUGUGUUUACUGAACUGCUGGUCUCCCAAGCCUCCUGAUGGAAGAACUCUAGGGUGGUUCAAAAUUGUUCAUGUGUUUGUGUUACCAUGUUAACUUUUCCCUGAGAGGAAGUGUUAACAUUACGACUCUGGCCCCAGAUUGGUAUCUUCUAUGAAGAUGGAUACUGAUGGAUGACAUUCAACAUGGCCUUCUUUUCAAAUGUUGGUUAAAUGUAGU